GAACCGACUCGAACACUAAAACCAUAGUACUCGCAGAGCUCGGACGGAAGCCGAUCGAUCGAGAGGGGAUUCCAUCUGGGACAAGAUGGGAAGUUAACGUAGCGAUGCCGUCUCGUACUCCCAUAUGUCGGUACGCCGGGCCGACGUCACGUAUAUAUAUUCCACCGCCACAUCGCAAAACCCCUCGACUCGAAACUAAACCCUAUGCGGCAGACAAUCGAUCGAUUUUAGAGCAGAAGACGCCCGGAUCGGCAGAAGCUUGAUCGAUCUCGGCAACCCUUCAGGCAAGCUUAACUAGAUAGGCAUGGAUCAAGACCAAGACAUGGGCAGCAGCGGCGGCAAGAAGGACUACAGCACGGCGAUCCUGGAGCGGAAGAAGGCGCCGAACCGGCUGUUGGUCGACGACGCCGAGGGCGGCGAGCCCCUGGACAACUCCACGGUGUUGCUGAGCCCGGGCACCAUGGAAGCGCUGAGCCUCUUCAAGGGCGAGCCGGUGACCCUCCGGGGCAAGCGCCGGCGCGACACGGUGUGCUACGCCGUGUCGGACGAGUCGUGCCCGGACUCCAAGGCGCGCGUCAGCCGCGUCGUCCGCGCCAACCUCCGCCUCCACCUCGGCGACCUCGUCACCGUCAACCGCUGCCCCGACCUCCCCAACGCCAAGCGGAUCCAAGUCGUCCCCUUCGAGGACUCCGUCCAGAACAUCACCGGCGACCUCUUCGAAGCCUACCUCAACCCCUACUUCACUGAUGCGUUCCGGCCGGUGCGCAAGGGCGACCGCUUCGUGGUGCGCGGCAACUUGCACCCCGUGGAGUUCAAGGUGGUGGACACGGACCCCGGCGACCGCGUCAUCGUGGCCAACGACACCGCCGUGCACGGCGAGUUCGAGAAGCUGCUGAAGCGCGAGGACGAGGAUAGGCUGGACGGCCCGGGCUACGACGACGUGGGCGGCGUCCGCAAGCAGCUGGCCCAGAUCCGCGAGCUGGUGGAGCUGCCGCUGCGCCACCCCAAGCUGUUCCAGACGCUGGGAGUGAAGCCUCCCAAGGGCAUCCUGCUCUACGGCCCGCCCGGCACCGGCAAGACGCUCCUCGCCCGCGCCAUCGCGGCCGAGACGGGCGCCAACUUCAUCGUCGUCAACGGGCCGGAGAUCAUGUCCAUGAUGUCCGGGCAGAGCGAGGCCAACCUGCGCAAGGUGUUCGAGGACGCGGAGGCGCAGGCGCCGUCCAUCGUGUUCAUGGACGAGAUCGACGCCAUCGCGCCCAACCGCGACAAGACCCACGGCGAGGUGGAGCGGCGCGUGGUGUCGCAGCUGCUCACGCUCAUGGACGGCCUCCGCCCGCGAGCGCAGGUCGUCGUCAUCGGCGCCACCAACCGCCCCAACAGCCUCGACCCGGCGCUGCGCCGCUUCGGCCGCUUCGACAAGGAGCUCGACAUCGGCGUGCCCGACGAGGUCGGCCGCCUCGAGAUCCUCCGCAUCCACUCCAAGGACAUGCCGCUCUCGGACGACGUCGACCUCGAGCGCAUCGGCAGGGACACGCACGGCUUCGUCGGCGCCGACCUGGCCGCGCUCUGCUCCGAGGCCGCCUUCCAGUGCAUCCGCCAGAAGAUGGACGUGAUCGACCUCGAGGAAGAAACCAUCGACGUGGCGGCGCUCCAGUCCAUGACCGUCACCAUGGGCGACCUCAAGCACGCCAUGGAGGUGACCAAUCCGUCGGCGCUGCGCGAGACGGGGCUGGUGGAGGUGCCCAAGGUGUCGUGGGAGGACGUGGGGGGCCUGGAGGACGUCAAGCUGGAGCUCCAGGAGACGGUGCAGUACCCGGUGGAGCACCCGGAGAUGUUCGAGAAGUUCGGCAUGGAUCCGUCCCGUGGCGUGCUCUUCUACGGCCCGCCAGGCUGCGGCAAGACGCUGCUGGCGAAAGCCAUCGCCAGGGAGUGCAAGGCAAACUUCAUCAGCGUCAAGGGGCCCGAGCUGCUCACCAUGUGGAUCGGCGAGAGCGAGCACAACGUCCGGGACCUGUUCGACAAGGCGCGGCAGUCGGCGCCCUGCGUGCUCUUCUUCGACGAGCUCGACUCCAUCGCCGUCAAGCGCGGCCAGAACGUGGGCGACGCCGGCGGCACCUCGGACCGGGUGCUCAACCAGCUGCUCACGGAGAUGGACGGGAUCAACGCCAAGAAGACGGUGUUCGUCAUCGGGGCCACCAACCGCCCCGAUAUCCUCGACCCGGCGCUGCUCAGGCCGGGCCGGCUCGACCAGCUCAUCUACAUCCCGCUCCCCGACGAGCCCUCGCGGCUGCAGAGCUUUAAGUCGUGCCUGCGACGCUCGCCCGUCUCCCGCCGCGUCAACCUGCCCGACCUGGCGGCCUCCACGGCCGGGUUCAGCGGCGCCGACAUCACCGAGAUUUGCCAGCGCGCGUGCAAGCUCGCGGUGCGCGACGUCAUCCAGAAAAGCACCCUGGUCGGCAAGGCCGUGGCCAUGGCCGGCGCCGAGAUCACCCGGGAGCACUUCUUGGGGGCCAUGAAGCACGCCAGGAGGAGCGUCAGCGACCUCGACGUGCUUAGGUACGAGUGCUAUGCGCAGAAGUUCAGGCAAGGCGGGAGCUUCGAGGAGGCGGCGGCAGCGGCGCCGAAGGUGGAGCCGGUGGUGCCGGAGGGGCACUUGAUGCUGAAGGCGGCGGAGGACGCCGACGCUGCCAUGGACGAUGACUUGCUGUAUUAGUCUGCAGGAUUUAAUUACA